AUGGGCCACGAAGAGGUAUUGGACAAGAAUGGAAAUCCCAUCCAUAAGGGCGACUACGUCGUCACAAGAAUUCGCGGUGGAACACACGAAGGAAAGGCCCAGCAGUCGACCCGUCGUUCUGUUGACCUUGAUGGUGAUUUGUGUGCUGACAGCUCGUCCGACACUCAGGUGGAAGAAAUCAUCACAGAUGAAGAGAGAGCUCAAGAGAUAGAUGUCAAACAUCCCCCUAAGGUCUUAUUUCGCAACAAAAAUGGGAAGCAAGUGGCACAUAAUCCUGGGACUCUGCAUAUUGACUACGGGCAUGUAUAG